AUGAGCACAUGUAGGGGUUUAUAUGAUCCCUUUAUCGACCCAAUUAGAGGCAUAGAAAGCAUAGACGAUAGUGGUGCAAUGGAGCUCACGCAGUGCUCCCUAUCACAGCUACCAGACCUUGUCGGUGUCACGGAGCAGCUUGAGAGCGAUGAGCUGAAUACCCUUGUUGUAUCCACGGUGCGAGAAUUGUUGUGUUGUCCCAUAUGUCACCGUCCCUUGGUGCACGAUCCUGCCGUUGUGGACACAUGUGGACAUGCCUUCUGUUACAACUGCAUUAACUUGGGGAUUGAGAACGGCUGUGUUCCUGUUGCUUCCACAGUACAGGUGGAAGACAAAGAAGAUGAAGGAAGGAAGGAGAAGAAUGAGUUGAGUGUCGUUAGCGAAAAGGAUCAUCACACGUGUCUUUCCCGUCAUGGAAGAAAGCAGCCACGUCGACGAACACGACAACGCAGGCGGAAGUUUACAUGUCCGGUUUGCCUGGGGCCUGCGCACAAGUGGAAUCUGGUGCGCGUGCGGUUCAUUCAAGAUUUGGUGACGGAUUUUUUGAGCCACGCCGCGCUUGCGGAGGCCUUCUCAACGGCUGAGGGAGAGAACGACGUCCCUUCUGAGGUGAGGACUGAAACCAUUUGCGGCGACAAGAAGACGCUGCGGCGGAAGGAAAAAAUUGCAAAAAAGCACGUGGAAUUAUGA